AGCCUUCUUGAAGGAUGAAACUCUUCAUAAUGACCCUGCUAUUCACAGCCUGCCAGGCUACUCCAAUGGAUCUAUCAGGUAAAAUGUUCGUCUUUCCUGUGGAGUCUGCAACUGCUCGUGUUCAGCUCCUGCCAACAGGAAGUAACUUUGCAUCAGUGACAGUCUGCUUAAGGUACAUCACUGAUCUCACACGCAACUAUGGCCUCUUCUCCAUGGCAAGCAGAUCUAGUCACAACGACUUCUUGAUCUUUAAAACAUCGGCGGCUGGACGCUUUGACGUGUAUACCCGCGGUCAGACUGCUACAUUUGACGGCAUCUCCAGUGAGCAGAACACCUGGUACUCCAUAUGCAGCACCUGGGACGGCAACUCCAGGCUGGUCCAGCUCUGGUCCAACGGGUCCCCCAGCACCAAGAAGGCCGGUUUCCAAGGAACUCUGGACAGAGAGCCAUUCAUUGUUCUGGGCCAGGAGCAGGACUCUGUGGGUGGGAACUUUGACGCUGGUCAGUCAUUUGUGGGGAUGAUCACUGAUGUCCACAUGUGUAAUUACGUGCUCUCUCCGUGUGAGAUCCAGGCCUUUACCAAUGAUCUCAAUUUCACCCCUGGAAAUGUGAUCAACUGGAGGGCCCUUGAGUUCAUCAGCACUGGCACUGUUGUACUAGACAACAAUCAGCUAACUGGCUGCUACAGGGGUCAGUCUUGAUCCACUGAUUAGAGAUCUGCUAUGUUGAAAUGAUGGGACCUGUUUUGUAAAUAAAAUCACUGUAAGAUAUUGUAGCUGUAUGGUAGGAGAUUCUGUAUGUUCACCAUAAGUAGAGUGGGGUUUCAUAAGUGGAAAACCAUGACAUUAUGCACUCGUACCAGCCAAUGGCUGUUAGGAAAUGACUGUACUUGAUUAGUUAUUACAUACCUUCAAAGAACAGGGAUGUGGUCUAAACACUUUUUAUCUCAAAUAAUCUUUUAACUUCCCUUUUUUACUUUGACAUAUUGUAUCUCCUGAUAGACUGUGGAAGUGUUCUGACUGUGGAGAUAUCCUGAUUGAAGACUUU